UAAGAAUAAAUUUUCUUUUUAUAAAAAAAAAAAAACCUCUGAAGAGUGAAACCUCCAAACCAAAGAUUUGUUUAUGUAAUUUAAUUAUAAUCAUUUAAAAAAUAAUAAUAAUACACAGAUCGUCUCUCUCUCUCUCUCUAAUAUCUCUGGUGUUAGCUAGCUCACACGCUUUCGCCUAAAACUCAAAAACCUCCACUUUCUCGUCUAUUAUCUCGGAAUUCGCGAAACAGAAAAAAAGAAAAAAACUGGGUCUCACGAGAAAAUUAUUACCCUAAAUUUAACCAAAGAGAAAGUUUCUUCCUUUACUUUCUCCAACCCUUCUUCGAUGGAUUCAAGAGAACUCCACCAACAACAGCAACAACAACAGCAACAGCAACAGCAUCAGCAUCCCCAGCAGCAGCAGCUUCAACCACCUCCUGGGUUCCUAAUGGGCUCCUACAACCGUAACCCUAACGCCGCCGCCGCCGCCGCCGCGCUAAUGGGUCCCACCUCCACAUCUCAGGCGAUGCACCACCGCUUACCUUUCGGCUCUCUCGCACCGCAUCAGCCUCAGCAUCACCAGCAGCAACAACAGCAACUGCAUCCUCACCAGCAUCACCAACCUCAGCCGCAGCAUCAGAUGGAUCAGAAGACGCUUGAAUCUCUGGGAUUCGAGGGAUCGCCUUCUUCCGUGGCGGCCCAGCAGCAGCAGCCGAUGCGAUUCGGGAUCGAGCCACAGGCGAAGAAGAAGCGAGGGAGGCCGAGGAAGUAUGCUGCCGAUGGUAACAUUGGUCUCGCUUUGGCUCCGACAUCGCCUGCUUCUAAUUCCUACGGCGGUGGAGCGGAGGGUGGUGGUGGUGGUGGUGGUGGUGGUGGAGAUAGCGGCGGAGGGGGUAAUGCGAACUCUUCCGAUCCGCCUGCUAAACGGAACAGAGGUCGUCCUCCUGGCUCCGGUAAGAAGCAGCUUGACGCUUUAGGAGGAACAGGUGGAGUUGGGUUUACACCUCAUGUCAUUGAGGUCAAAACUGGAGAGGACAUAGCUAUGAAGGUAGUGGCGUUCACGCAACAGGGGCCACGCGCGAUCUGUAUUCUCUCAGCUACAGGAGCCGUGUCUACUGUGAUGCUUCGUCAAGCUAACAAUCCUAAUGGUGCUGUUAAGUUUGAGGGUCCAUAUGAGAUCAUUUCUAUGUCAGGUUCUUUCUUGAAUACUGAGAGUAAUGGUACUGUGACCAAAACUGGUAGCUUGAGUGUAUCUCUGGCUAGACCAGAUGGUCAGGUUGUGGGUGGUUGUGUUGCUGGAAUGCUUGUAGCUGGAUCACAAGUCCAGGUUGUUGUUGGAAGCUUUGUAGCAGAUGGGAAGAAACAGAAACAAAGUGCAGGACGUGUUCAGAAUACUCCCGAGCCAGCUUCAGCACCAGCCAAUAUGUUGACCUUUGGUGGUAGUGGUGGUGGUGGAGGAGGAGGAGGAGGACAAGGAAGCCCUCGGUCUCAGGGACAGCAACACUCAAGCGAGUCAUCAGAGGAAAACGAAAGUAACUCUCCGUUGCACCGUGGUAAUAACAACAACAACAACAAUCAUCAUGGACUGUUUGGAAACUCUACACCGCAACAACUUCACCAAAUGCCACCUAUGCAGCCGCAGAUGUACCAUCACCACCUCUGGCCUGGCCACAAUCCUCAAUAAGCAGAUGAUGAUGGUUCAUGGCUCGUGCUGGCCGGGUUUGCUUUCCUGUUCGUUUUACACAUCUCUCCAUCAGAAUUAUCCAUAAAGUAGAUUGAGCUUUCUUUACUCUCUCGUCUUCUUCUUCCUCCUCCUCCUACUUCUCUUCAAUUUAAUUUUGGUUUUAGAUAAACAGAGAUGUUAAGUAGGUCUCAUUUCAUCUUUUUAGUUUGUUUCUCUUAGUUACUUUUGAUUGUGAUAAUCAGAGACACUUCUUUUUUA